AUGUCACGAGAAGAGCUCUCAGCGGCUGCCGCGCCGGUGCUACCCAGCGAAGUGCGAGUUUCGGUACAAGAGGUCAAAUACCUUGGGUUCAUCGUCAACGCAGGGAAAGGAAUCGCCUGCGACCCCGAAAAGCAGCGCGCCAUCCGCGAAUGGGAGGCCCCGACCACGGUGAAGGGUGUCAGAAGCUUUCUGGGCUUCGCCAACUAUUACCGGAUCUUCAUCCCCGACUAUGCCAAGAUCACGCAGUCUCUGGAUGCCCUGCUUAAGAAAGGAACUGCCUUUCAUUGGGGACGAGCGGAGAACGAGGCGUUUCAGGAGCUGAAGCGACGAUUUUGCGAGUCACCGGUGCUCAACAGCCCAGAUGGACGUCGACACGCAUGCGCCUUCUUCUCGAAGCGACUUUCGCCAGCGGAGUACAACUAUCCCAUUCACGACAAGGAGAUGCUUGCCAUCAUGAGAUGUCUCGACAACUGGAACGCCGAACUUAGGAGCUGCGGCCCAUUUACAAUCCUUACCGAUCACCGCAACCUGAAGGCAUCCACCCUGCCGAAGAUGAAGGUCUUCGAGGUAGCGGACCUGCAGCAACUCUGGGACGAAACGGUGGCGAAGGACUCGAUAUUCCGGGCAGCCUAUAAGGCAGUCCGCGAUCGCGAGCGUGCCUUCCCGCCCUCGCUGGGCCUGAAGAUCCAGAUUUCAGAAUGUGCGAUCGACGCAGGCAAAAGGCUGACAUUCAGAGACCGUAUUUGGGUGCCGGGUGGAUCCGGAGAGGAGGGUAACCAGGAGGAAGCUGAGAAAGACCAGUUGAGAACCCGCAUUGUGCAGCAGUCGCAUGACUCUGUUGCGACCGGUCAUCCCGGCAGGAAGUCCCAGCUGGUUCGCCGGUACGUAGCCAAUUGCGACACCUGCGGCAGAGCACACAUCUGGCGCCAGUCGGAAAGGGGGAUUCUCAAGCCUCUGCCGAUUCCAGAUCGACCCCGAAGCCAUUUGUCCAUGGACUUCAUCACAGAUCUGCCGCCUACUGGACUGAGCAAGGCAAGGUACCUGUGGGUGAUUGUGGACAGACUGACAAAGGCUGUGACCCUCGAGUGUCAUUACCGAUUUCACGGAAUGCCACGGUCCAUCGUCAGCGACCGCGGGAGCAACUGGCUAAGUAGGUUCUGGAAGAGGUUCUGCCGUCUUGCAGGUGUCACGCAGAAAUUGAGCACGGCCUAUCAUCCUCAGACGGACGGAGGGCCAGAGAGAAUGAACCAGGAGAUCGAGGCGUACUUGAGAGCCUACGUAUCCUACGUACAGGACGAUUGGGGUGACCUUCUCCCCGCCGCGCAACUGGCACUCAACAACCGUGAAUCCGCAGCGACCAAGAUCAGCCCCUUUUCGCUGAGCAUGGUUACCACGUCGAUCCCAUCAGCGUCGAGGAAUCGGAAGAGCCACCGAGGCAUAGAGAGGAAAGCAGAGCUGAUAGCCUACCAGUCGCCUGCAGGAGGUCAAUGA